AUGCCGUCAACAGAACAGACCUCUAAUGGCUCAUCACCCAAGACAUAUCCUCUUAUAAUCAACAACAAGGAACAUAAGACGAAAUCUUCAUUCGAAGUCAAGAACCCGUCAAAUGGAGAGCACGUCCAUUCCUUCUCCUCCGCGACUAUAGAAGAUACAGAUGCUGCCAUCAAAGCAGCUGAAAAGGCGUUGCCAGCAUGGAAAACGCUCCCGCCAAAUAAGAAACGAGAUAUCUUUCUCAAAGCCGCGGAUCUGCUUGAAUCUCGUAGCGCGGAGUUGCAAAAGACGAUGAGCAAGGAGACUGGAGCCGCAGAAAGCUGGGCGCAAUUCGACACCUCGCUCGCGCCUGAGAUCUUGCGUGAUGUAGCAGGCAGAAUCACCACCCUCUCCGGAAGCAUCCCACAAACCUCACAAGAAGGCGUCUCCGCGCUCGUCUUCAAAGAACCAUACGGCGUCGUUCUCGCAAUCGCACCCUGGAACGCCCCUCACAUCCUCGGCGUCCGCUCCAUCGCCUUCCCCUUAGCAGCAGGCAACACCGUGAUCCUCAAAGCGCCCGAACUUUCCCCCCUCACCUCCCUCGGUUUCGUAACCGCGCUGCAUGACGCCGGAUUGCCUGAGGGAGUCCUAAACCUCAUCGCUCAUUCCGCCAAAGACGCAGCGGAGAUCACAAAUCACCUCAUCGCGCACCCAGCCAUCAAGAAAAUCAACUUCACAGGCUCCACGAACGUCGGCCGUCUCAUUGCCUCCGCGGCCGGAAAACACCUUAAACCCGUGCUCCUAGAACUCGGCGGCAAGGCGCCGGCUAUCGUCUGGGAAGACGCGGAUCUCGAUGCCGCGGCCAUGGGAUGUGUAGUCGGUGCCUUCUUGCACGGCGGACAGAUCUGUAUGUCCACCGAGCGCAUCAUCGUACACGCCAACAUCGCAUCAAAAUUCGAAGAAGCGCUCAAAUCCGCCGUCGCUCAAUUCGCCCCCAACGACUCCCCCGAGCCCGUAUUGAUCAACGCGGGCGGCGUCACCAAAAACCAAUCCCUCCUCUCCGACGCGCUCUCCAAGGGUGCGACCAUCAUCCACGGCGACGCUCAAGCCGGCACAGGCGCCAAGAUGCGGCCCGUCAUCAUCAAAGACGUGAAGCCCGAGAUGGAGAUCUUCCAGACGGAGUCGUUUGGGCCGACGGUGUCGCUGUUCAGCGUGAGCAGCGAGGAGGAGGCGUUGAGGCUGGCGAACGAUACCGAGUAUGGGCUUUCGAGCGCGGUGUUUACGCGGGAUUUGGCGAGGGGACUCAGGUUUGCGAGGGGCAUUGAGAGUGGUGCGGUGCAUAUUAAUGGGAUGAGUGUGCAUGAUGAGACGGCGUUGCCGCAUGGUGGUGUGAAAUCAAGCGGAUACGGUCGCUUCGGAGCUAGCGGGUUAGAGGAAUGGGUUCGGACUAAGACUGUGACUUUUAAAGAUUAA